GUUUGGAUACAAGACACGGUUGACUGGCAGAUCGGAGGGACCAGAGCUGGCUACAUAGACAGGUUUUCUCAUUGCUAAUUCGGCUUACGGUACAGUGUUGUAUUGUUGAUACGGGCCUAUUUAUUUCCCUCUGCAAAAUCCCUGAACAGAGCUCGACACGCAAGCGUACAACGGAGUAGUGUGUAUCUGUGACUCGGAACGAAAACGAAACAACAAAAUGGGAAAAGAAGAGAUUGCGCCGAUCGAGUUUUUGAAGGGCAAGAUCUACUUAGUGGUAAGUGACGAGAAACCGGAAGACACAGACGAGUUUGUGUACUUCACGAUAGAGGACUCGCUUCCAUACAACAACUUCAACCUGGACUUUGGUCCUCUACAUGCCGGACACCUGUACAGGUUUGCGGUGGCGUUGCACAAGAUUCUCAACGAACCGAAGAACAAGAGCAAAUGCGUUGGUUUUUACUCCUCGAACGACUCGAGGCAGAGGACAAACGCAGCCUGCAUCUUGUGCUGCUACAUGGUGCUGGUCCAGAAUUGGGCCCCACACCAAGUGUUGCUUCCGAUAGCACAGGUGGAUCCGCCGUUCAUGCCUUUCCGAGAUGCGGGGUACUCGCAUGCGGACUUCGAGCUUACCAUCCAAGAUAUCGUUUACGGAGUAUGGAGGGCGAAGGAGAGGAACUUGUUGGACAUGAGGUCAUUCAAUCUCGAGGAAUACGAGCAGUACGAAAGAGUCGACCAGGGAGACUUGAACAUUUUGGCCAAUGACUUCAUACCGUUUGCGUCUCCGAAGCAAUCAAGACCCGGUGCUCCAUUGAACGAACCCUUUAAGAAGGUUUUAGAGUUUUUCACCGAGCACGACGUCAAGCUAGUUGUCAGGUUGAACUCCCACCUGUACGAUAAGAGGGAGUUUACGAAGAAAAACAUCCAACACGUGGAUAUGAUAUUUGAAGAUGGUACGUGCCCGUCGAUGGAGUUUGUCCAGAAGUUCAUUGGUGCUUCGGAGACCGUGAUUUCCAAGGGGGGGAAAGUCGCUGUUCAUUGCAAAGCUGGAUUGGGCAGAACUGGGUGUUUGAUUGGGGCUUACUUGAUCUACACCCAUGGCUUCACUGCAAAUGAAUGCAUUGCUUACAUGAGGAUGAUCAGGCCGGGAAUGGUUGUUGGACCACAACAACACUGGUUGUACUUACAUCAGAACGAAUUUAGAGACUGGAGACACACAAUGGUCUUGGACACAAUCCCAGACGAGUUCAUUGGAGGUCUUUUCCCUCUCAUCUCUUACGAAGAGUAUAAAAAAAGGGAACAAGAAUACGAAGCCAAUCCAAGUGAAGAGUCCAGUGACGAUCAAAUGAAUUUCAAAAACGAUCAACUGAUCAGAACUCCAGUCAGAAGGAGAAAGAUUUCCAACGGUUUGAAAAUCAUGACAAAAGCAGUCCCAAUGGCAAGCCCAGGUCAACCUAGAAAGUACAGGUCCUUGGAUAACCCUGUACAGGCAUAUGCCAACUCAGACGAAGAAGAAGCUUAUACUUCCACCAUCAACCAGACACACAACCAAAGUACAAUAGAAGACAAAGAAAACAAGGAGAGCAGGUCCAACAAUGGCUCCCCAUAUUAUAAAAAAACCACCACCACAACUACAACUACUAUGAUCGCUCCUGCUAGUUCGCCUGAUACCAGUGGCAGAGUGAAAGAGGAUCCUAAUUUUCUCAAAAUCGGCAAGCAGAGGAAAACAAUCGUGCAUGCUGCAAAACCAAGAUCCCGGGUUUCUAGCUCCGAAAAAAUUAUAGGUGGUUCAGGCGUUCGCAAAGCCUCUUCCAGUAAAAAGACGUCGUACGUUCACAUGUAGAUGAGAACAAAUUAACGGGGUCCUAGUUUUGAAGACUGUCCUGUUAGGUGUAGUUUUAUAGAUUGUCGAUAGAAAUCAACUGACAUAAUCCUGAAAUGUUCGCGAAG